UCGAACUGCGCGACUUCAGCAGCAUCCUGAGCUCGCGCACACACGCACGCACGCACGGAGACGGCUGAUGGCGUGUUAGUCCCGGUCCUCCUCUCUCUCUCUCUCUCUCUCUCUCUCUCUGUUUCUCAGAGGAAUGAUGGAGAAAAGCAGAAGACGCGCUCCGUGGUGUCGCCUCGCGCGCUGCGUGUCGGUGCUCUUCCUGUGCGCUCUCCCGCACGCGCGCGCCUCAGCCACCGUGCCACCGUGCCAAGAGGGAGACUAUUACUUUGAGUACACGGAGUGUGACAGUACAGGAUCACGCUGGAGAGUGGCCAUUCCUCAUCAACAGGGCAGCUGCAGCGGCCUACCAGAGCCUGUCAGAGGCACCGACUGCACGUUCUCCUGUGAAGCCGGAGAGUUUUUGGAGAUGUCUUCUCAGCAGUGUACCGCCUGUGCAGCAGGCUCCUAUUCGCUCGGCAGCGGCGUCCGUUUCGACCAAUGGGACUCCAUUCCUGCCGGAUUCAGCAGCUUAGCCACCUACAUGGAGCCUGAGGGAGCCACAGAAGAAACUCUGUCCUGCAACAAUUCAACAUGGACACCUCAGGGUACUCACUUAGAGUCGAAUCGGGACGAGUGCACUGUUUCACUUGUGUAUGCAGUUCAUCUGAUGAAACAAGGCUCAGUCUCCUUCGACUACCAAUAUGUAGACAACAACAUCUUCUUCGAGUUCUUUAUUCAGAAUGAUCAGUGCCAGGAAAUGGACCAGACAGCAGACCAGAAAUGGAUCAAACUCACGUCUAACGGUGAAUGGGGAACACACACGGUGAACCUGAAGUCAGGUACUAAUAUCUUGUACUGGAGGACCACAGGCAUUUUACUGGGAGGGAAACCUGUGAAGCCUGUCCUGCUGAAAAACAUACAGAUUGAAGGUGUGGCGUACACGUCUGAGUGUUUCCUAUGCAGACCAGGCACCUUCAGUAAAACUCCAGGCUCGUCCUUCUGUGAUCUCUGCCCCAGAAACACCUACUCGAGUAAAGGAGCUAGCUCAUGCACCCUGUGCCCUGAGACACAGUACUCCGAGGAAGGCUGGGUGGAGUGUAAGGAGAAGCCACCGUGCUCAGAGAAAGAUUACUUCCAGAUCCACACUGCCUGUGACGCCAACGGCAAAACGCAGGUGCUGUAUCGAUGGGUGGAGCCCAAGGUGUGUUUGGAGGAUGUAGCCAGAGCGGUCACUCUGCCCCCUUCAGGAGAGAAGGAAGAUUGUCCUCCGUGCAAUCCAGGCUUUUAUAUGCACAAUUCAUCCACAUGUCUGCCCUGCCCACCUGGAACGUACUCCAAUGGCACCACAGAGUGCCAGGCAUGUCCUGCAGGAACAGAGCCCUCAUUAGGAUACGAGUAUAAAUGGUGGAAUGUUUUACCCAACAACAUGAAGUCCUCCUGUUUCAAUGUGGGCAACUCGAAAUGCGACGACAUGAACGGGUGGGAGGUCGCUGGAGACCACAUUCGCAGUGGAAUUGGAGGGUCUGAUAAUGAUUAUCUCAUUCUAACACUCCGAGUGCCUGGAUUUAAACUUCCAACGUCUGUAGCUGGAGUCACAGGCAGCGAGUUUGGUCGAAUCACAUUCGUCUUUGAGACGAACUGCAGUGCAGACUGUGAACUCUACUUUAUGAUGGAUGUGAACAGGAAGAGCACAAACGUGGUGGAGUCAUGGGAAGGCACCAAAAGCAGACGAGCAUACACACACAUCAUGACUAAGAACGCGUCUGUGUCUUACACGUGGGCUUUCCAACGCACCAACAAGCCUUUCGAUGUCCGUCGCUAUGUGAGCGACAUUGCGAGGAUCUACUCCAUCACCAUCACGAAUGCUCUGGAUGGCUCAGCCUCGUCCUGCCACGCCUGCGCCAUGGUGAGUCAGGAGAGCGGCUCGUCCUGUGUCCCCUGCCCCGCUGGACACUUCAUAGACAAAGACACCAACCAGUGCCAGGAGUGUCCUCCAAACACCUUCCUCUCGGGACAUCACAUCUACGGACAAGAGGCCUGCCAGCCGUGCGGUCCUGGGAGUAAGAGCAACAAGGAGCACUCUUUGUGUUUCAACGACUGCUCCUUCUCCCAUGUGGAUCAGAACCGAACGUUGACCUACGACCUCGGUGCCUUAAGCUCAGUGGGGUCCAUCAUGAAUGGACCGAGUUUCACCUCUAAAGGAACGAAAUACUAUCACCAGUUCAACAUCAGCCUGUGUGGAGCAGAGGGCAGGAAGAUGGCCGUGUGUUCGGAUAACGUCACAGAUCUGUCCAGCAAAGACGUGCAGAGCGAAUCAGCUGCCUUCAACACUUACGUGGAGACUUUCAUCUGCCAAUCAACCAUCAUCCCAGCGGAUGGGCGGGGCUUCCGGGCGGCCAUCUCCUCCCAGUCCAUCAGUCUAGCCGAUACCUUCCUCGGAGCAACAGUAGAAAGCACGCUGAAUGGAGUCAGUGUUAGACCCGACAUGUUCCCUGCAACUUUUCAAAGACUUCCAGACAUCAACUUCUUCUAUCAUUCUCCGCAGGUGACAGCGUCCUGUGAACACGGUCGCAGUGCUAUUAUUACAUUGCGCUGUAACCCUGAGAAAGGAGAACGUGGAGCGCUUACUGUACCAAGUAAGUGUCCUGCAGGGACGUGUGAUGGCUGUACAUUUAACUUCCUGUGGGAGAGUUCAAGUGCGUGUCCCAUUUGCACUGAAGCAGACUACCACUCGAUAGAGGGAGCGUGUAAGGGAGGCAUGCAGGACAUCCUGUAUGUAUGGAACGAGCCCAAGUUGUGCACGAAGGGUGUGUCACUCCCUGACAAAAGCUCCUCCCCUUGUGAAGCAGUUCCACUAUGGCUGAAGGUUGGAAUAGGGGGCGGGGCGUUCAUAGCCGUCCUCCUCAUUUCUCUCACGUGUUACUUCUGGAAGAAAAACAAGAGGUUGGAGUACAAGUAUUCCCGCCUUGUGAUGUCGGCCAAUAAGGAGUGUGAGCUGCCAGCAGCAGACAGCUGUGCACUGGCCGAAGGAGAAGGCGAGGAGAACGAAGAUGAUGUCGUUUAUUCAAACACUCCAUCGCUGCUGGGGAAACUGAAGGCUAUCGCUAGCAAGGGAGAAGGAACAAGCAGUGAAUCGGUGCAGCUGAAGUCGUCUCAGGCAGAGAGAUGGGUCUGGGGGUAGAGCGAUGGGGCCAGGAGGAGCAGAACACCACCACCACCAACACACUCUUCAUAAAGAGAGGGAGAAUGACCGAGAGACAGAGAGAGAGAGACUUGCAGCUGGGUGCUCGAGCAUUCAGGCUCUCCCAUAUCUUUUUACUCAUCCCUAAACCGCUUUGACCAAGUUUGGACAAUCUUUUGAAAUUUCUCAACUGUUUACAUAUCGUCUAAAUGCAGUGCACAUACAUAUACACACACUUCACACGAUAAUCUUUUGCUCCCUACUUGAGCACUGGAUAUAUUUAACUUCACACACGAUUAGGCAAUAGAUUACACCACACGAGUGUAAAGAUGAUUCUCCGAGAAUCAUUAUUUGGCUCAAAGUAAAAUCACACACUUUAUUCGAAUCCACUGAGUAAAGGAUAUAAACAUUCCACUAACAGUGAGCACAGCCGAACUCAUCUUCAUGCCAGAACUUACAAAAUACAAGCUUAUUGUUCCAUUCCAAGAUUCAGCUGGACACAUCCGCCACCAGUGAGAAAGAAAGGGAGGGUUGUGGGGUUUUUUGUUUGUUUGUUUGUUUUUUUUUUUUGCAUGGUGAUGUGAACUUGAGCAAAGAGAUCCGAGAUGAACCUGCGCAGUUUCACCUCAUUAAAAACACAUUUACUAACCUGUGCCAAGUCAAACCGCUCUGCAAUUCAGGAGGUCACAUUUAAAGGAUUAAUGCAUUCACUAAUCAUGAGUCAAAACAAAUGUUACUGCAUCCCACAACUCCAUUUCCUGAUGCCAGUUUUGUUUUGUUUUCAAAGCGUACUUAAAAUUCCAGUCGAGUGCAAAAAUUUAAUACCCUCCAUGCAGACAUGCCAACAUUGCUAACAAUAAAAUAAUCAAAGCAGACUAAGGAAAAAAAAUGUUCUCAAAUUUUAGUAGCUACAGUUAUCGACACCUUAACGAUCUUUUGGCCGUUGCAAAAGUAGAAAAGACUUUCAAUACGUAAAUUGUACGUGAAUAAUUACUCAAACUUCCACUGGGGAAAAAAAAAAUUAGUUGAUUCCUGAUUACUUAGUGUAUCAGAUCACGUGAUACCAUUCCACAAUUAUCGACACCUUUGUCCACAAUUAUCGACACCGUUCCGCAAUUAUCAACACUCAGAUGAUUAUUUAUAAAAAAAUAUUCAGUAUGUGGUAUUAACAAAAUAGUUUUUAUUUAAGAAUUGUUUUCCAUAGACUUGUAUUUAGUACAAAAUAUAUUUUAUAUAAAUAUAUGGA